AUGUUCGCUCUCUUCGUGGCCUCAUUGCUGGCCGUUUCCGCCCAGGCUUCCACAGCCUGUCGGUGCUUCCCUGGAGACGCUUGCUGGCCGUCCGUGGAUGUCUGGACUCAGUUCAACGAGACAAUUGAUGGCCGACUGAUUAAAACAGUCCCUCUUGGCACACCAUGCCAUGCGCCCAACUACGACGCUGAGAAAUGCACCACGUUGCGCGACGGAUGGACAGUUCCCGAGGAACAUUAUGGCUCUUCCUCAUCUGUGAUGGCUCCAUUCUUCGCGAAUGGCACCUGUGAUCCCUUCCACCCGAUUUCUAAACCUUGCACUUUGGGCAAUUAUGCCGUGUACGCCGUCAAUGUCACUACCCCCGAUCAUAUUUCCAAGGCUAUCAAGUUUGCCACCAAGCACGAUAUUCGCGUUGUCGUGCGAAACACUGGCCAUGAUUACAGCGGAAGGUCGACCGGUGCAGGAGCUCUGGGUAUUUGGACACAUUACCUGAAGGACGUGGAGAUCCACGACUACAAAGACAAGCAUUAUUCUGGCAAAGCUAUCACCAUGGGAGCUGGCGUCCAAGGCUUUGAGGCGUACGAGGCGGCCGAAAAGGCCAAUGUCCAAGUCGUUGGCGGCGAAUGUCCCACCGUCGGGCUGGCUGGAGGCUACAGCCAGGGUGGUGGGCAUUCCGCCCUCGCUUCUCGUUACGGACUAGGCGCCGAUCAGGUCCUGCAGUGGGAGGUUGUGGAUGGGCAGGGCAACUUUGUCACCGUCACUCGCGACAAUGAGUAUUCUGAUCUGUACUGGGCAUUGAGUGGUGGCGGCGCCGGCACCUACGGUGUUGUCACAUCCAUGACUUCCAAGGCUCACCCUGGUACCCCAGUGUCGGGUCUCAACAUGACCUUCACCAACGCUGAAAUCUCUCAGGAUACCUUCUACGAGGCGGUCGAACGAUUCCACACUAGACUUCCCGCGCUGGUGGAUGCCGGUGCUAUGAGCAUUUGGUUCUACACCAACACCAGCUUCGCAAUCUCCCCACUGACUGGCCCUAAUAUUCCUGUGGCCAAUCUGCUCGAGUUGAUUCAGCCUUUCAUCGAUGACUUGAAGGAGCUGGGUAUUACUCCCACGGUUUACUCGAAGCAAUUCCCCAGCUACUUGAACCAGUUCAAUGGCAUGCAGCAGGAGAUUGGCGUCGGGGAGGCCCAGUACGGUGGCUGGCUCAUUCCACGGUCGGUCGUGCAGAACAACAACAAGGGUCUUACAGCUGCCUAUCGAGAAAUUACCGAAGAUGGAGCUACCUUCAUCGGCGUGGGUCUGAAUGUUUCCCGCAAGGUGACUGGAGAUGUGCACAACGCCGUUUUCCCCGGCUGGCGCGAUGCCCUGAUCGCGACCAGUAUCACCACUCCCUGGAAAUGGGACAACGACGAGGAAAUGCUGGCCAAUCAACGCAAGAUGACCGACUCCUAUAUGGCUAAAUUGACUGCGGUGGCCCCGAACUCGGGAGCAUACAUGAACGAGGGUGAUUUCCGCCAGCCAAAUUUCCAAAAAUACUUCUACGGCACGAAUUACCCGGCCUUGCAGAAGAUCAAGGCGAAAUAUGAUUCCCAGGAUAUCUUCUAUGGCAGGACCAACGUCGGAUCCGAGGCUUGGGAAGAGCGAACAGAUGGUCGACUCUGCCGCGUUGAUCAGAGUUCUCCAAAGGCCGGACAUGCCAGAGAUCUUUAG